UCAAAUCAAGUUCUCCUCUAAUUUGUAAACAAAUCGCACGUGCAAGUGAACAACAACAAAAGAGUUUCAAUCCGGUGUUUCUCGCCUUAUUUCCCGUACACAAAAAUGGGAGUUCGUGGACUAACUACAUUUAUCGCAGCAAAUGCGUCCGUUUAUCUGAAACCGUACGAACUGCACGACACCAAGCUCGUCAUCGACGGUGACAAUCUGUGCCUGCAGCUGUUCCGAAAAUCGCUCCACAACUCGGUCGCGUUCGGCGGAAACUACGACGUGUACUAUCGGAUUGUGGUGGACUUUUUCGACAAGCUUAAGCUCGCCAACGUUACACCGUACGUGCUGCUGGACGGUGGGUACGAGAAGCGCAAGAUGUCCACCGUCCGGUAUCGGUUGCUGCAGAAGGUCGAAAGUAUGAAAGGGUUCAACAUGGUGGCAGUCGCCGGUACGCCACCGCCGAUGUUGCGCGAGGUGUUUGUCGAUGCGUUGCGAGCGGCGGGCGUUUCCUUGAUGCGCUGUCCGUUCGAGGCGGACGAUGAGGUGGCCAUUCUAGCGCGUAAACUCAACUGUCCGUUGUUGAGCUACGAUUCGGAUUUCUACAUACACGACGUCCAGUAUAUACCGUACGUGACGCUAUCGAACAAGGUGUUCCACAAGGUGUCGGACAAGGAAGGGGACAACUUUAAGAUCGGGGUCGUGCAACGGAAGCAACCGAAAAAGGCACAGCAUCGAACGGACGGUGUACGGUAUGUGGCACAGUACGGCGAUGAGUCGGUGCUGGAGGGUGAGGGAGCGGAAUCCUAUUGCUAUCUCGACUGUUGCCUGUACACGAUCGACAAUCUGAUCGAACCGCACGAACGGUUGGGCAAGGAGAUGGUACCGCUGUUUGCGGCACUGCUCGGGAACGAUUACAUCGGGCGCAGCGUGCUGAAACCGUUCUACGAGGCGAUGCGGAUGGGCGGUAAGAAGAGCAAAUUUUUUCGACACGACCGUCGGAUAAGGUUGUUUCUCAAGUGGCUACAGAAACAUACGCUGGAAUCGGCUACGCGUGCCAUUAUGCGCUGCAUAAAGCAAGGAAACAAGAAGCGAGUCUAUCGGCAGAUACUGACCGCGAUGCGAGGAUAUAAUUGUGAGGAAUGCACCGCUUUACAUUACUUUGGUUUGCAGGAAGCUGAACAGGCUGAACCACUGAAAGAUGAAGAAAUAGAGAAGGAACUGGAGGCUCGUGUAGGAGAGGUGGACGAGCAGGCGGAACCCACGAUAGAGGAUUUCGAUGUAGAAAGUUUUCUUACUAAUGAAGGCCAGUACAAUCAGGAGCAGGAACAGGAUCAAGAUAAGGACGUGAUAUCGGAGAGUGACGAUGAGGAGCUCGACAACGAGGAGAGAAUCCAGGGCGAGGAGGAAAAUGCCGUUGCUUCCGCACAGGAAGAGUCCGAUGCGGAGGAGAAAUUGCAGGACGAUCCCGACAAGCCGACUGAAGAGAACGAACCGCACGAACGUAACACAUUCACCGACCGUAAUUGGCCCGACUGGUUUAAAGAGCUGUACCGGGCCGGGAAAAGUCCACGCUUUUUGGCGGACUUAUUGCACUCGAACUACUUCAUAAACUAUCCGCAAAUUGAAGACCUCCGGCGGCCGGACAGUAACGCACCAGCCUAUCCUAUUUUGCGAACCAUUUUUGCAAUUCUUAAAACCGCGUUCAACGUAAAAACCACGCAGUUUAAAUACUUUACCCGAAGAAAGGGAAGGACCGGUAUGCGGAGUAUUAUGUUCUAUGACGUCUGCCUACCGCAAGGAACUAGCUACGACCCGCACAAGCUGCCGAACGUGUCCAUUCUGCCAAAGCUCUUCCAACAGUCCGGUAUCGAAAAUUGGCAGGAAUUGUUUCGAGCGAUCAAAAGCGUCCCGAGCAAUCUGCGGUUAUACUUUCUGGCGAUAAUUUAUUGGGCGAAAAACUGUCCAUUGGUGAAUGCGGCGCACGUGCACGCAUUGAUCAUCUGCAUUCUGCAACUGCAGGUGAUUGACAAGCCGUUAAAGAGCUUGUACCGCGAUGUGGACCAAUUCCGGCACCAGAAUCGAACGUAUCUGGAACAGCAACGGAAGGCGGGCAAAACGAACAGUGCUGGCAGCUCGGCAAAGAAGGACACAGGCCCAUCGUCUAGCACCGAAUUUAAUCGCACGUUUUACAACAAGCUCACCACUGGAACACCGCGCGCAGAACUGAUGCUAGCGUACGAUGAGUUAAUUCAACAUUUCUCUGUCACUGAAAAUAUGCACAGCAACCGUAAGCCAGCGAUCAUGCCCGAUACGAUGCACACGCUGGCCAACUUCCAGGCCGUUUGCUUCAAUCUGUACGCUUUAGUUCCACUGCUGGGCUACCCGUUCGAUAAUCUGCACAUGCAUGAGCUGUACAACAAUUUGUACGUGUACAACGUGUACGAGUGGAUAAAAGCACGAAGUGAUCUGUAUGAAUUCGAACGAUCAUCUAUGUUCCAGCGCUCGCCAACACUGCUCGCGGCGUUGCGCGUUAUGGUGGAAUUUGUCCAAACGUACGUUCCCGCGCUGAAAGAUAGAAAACGGGCGAAAAAGGCAGCAUCAUCGAAGGCGAACAACUCGGAUAAGGUGUCCGCCGAAGCGAAACGAAUACUCGAGCAACAGGUAACGCCGGCCAACGAUUGGGAAACGAAGAACGAUACGGAGGAGAGUGAUGAUGAGGCGUUCGUUGAUGAGAAUAAUGCGUUUAGUCAACUGUUGUUAGCACGAUGAUGGUAGAAAAUGAAUAUUGUAAUGGAAAUGUGUUUUUAAAAUAUAAAGAAAAUAACAAUCGUCUCGAUGGUUUAA